AUGGAUGUCUCAGCUGCUGAUCCUCCUUCAUCACCUUCCAUGCAGCAAAUGCAAGUGCAAAAAUCCGAUACCGAUGGCCCAUAUCGCCUUCUCUAUUGCUCGAGUAAGGGAAACAAAUGGGGUGUUAUGCAAGAGCUCGAUAAGGGAGUAGAACCGAACGUGGGAGAUUACGAUAGAAGAAAAGCACUUCACCUAGCUGCGUGUGAAGGCUGUACCGAGAUUGUUCUCCUGCUUCUCGAGAAAGGCGCCGAUGUCAAUUCUACGGAUCGUUGGGGUCGCACCCCACUUUCGGAUGCUCGUAGCUUAGGUCACUUGGAAAUAUGCAAAAUCCUCGAGGCGCAUGGAGGAACUGAUCCGCAGGGUGCAUUUGGUGAAGUUUAUAAGGUAAAAUGGCGUGGUACUGAAGUUGCUGCGAAGACAAUACGGUCUUCAAUUGCAUCGAAUGAGACGGUCAGGAAAGCAUUUUUGAAGGAACUCGCGUUAUGGCAAACGUUGCGCCAUCCGAACAUAGUGCAGUUUCUUGGGGUUUUGACGGACUCGGACCGCCUCAUUUUCUUAACCGACGUAUCUGGUUUUCUCCCUUUCUCGCUAGCUCUUCAUGGAAACAACCGCUCUACUAUUUGGGGUAGAAGUCACCCCACCCGGAUCCCACCUCCAAGUGGGAUAUACUGGGCUCAUUUGGGAAGUUUGUAUGAUAUUCUAAAAAAGAAAGGAAGACUUGAACCGGUAACCGCUGUUUCUUAUGCUUUGGACAUCGCAAGGGGUAUGAAUUAUCUUCAUCAACAUAGACCUCAUGCUAUAAUACACAGGGAUUUGACACCAAGAAAUGUACUGCAAGAUGAAGCUGGGCGUCUGAAAGUCACGGACUUCGGAUUGAGCAAAAUUGCGCAGGAGAAAGAUGUUUACGGAUACAAAAUGACCGGAGGAACUGGAUCAUAUCGAUACAUGGCUCCUGAAGUUUAUCGUCGGGAAUCGUAUGGAAAGAGCGUUGAUGUUUUCUCGUUUGCUUUGAUUGUUCAUGAAGGAAGACCAUCUAAUCGAGAAGAACCACCUGAGCACGUGGCGGACAAACGUGCAUACGAGGAUUCGAGGCCGCCUUUACCGUCAUAUUACCCGGAACGCAUAAGGGAGCUUCUAAAACAAUGUUGGCAUCGGAAUCCUGCUGCGAGGCCAAUGUUUGAAACUAUAAUAACAGAUCUCGAGAGCAUUUUGGAGAAUGAACAACGGAAGGUGGGGAUUGGAUCUUGCCAUAGCUGCUUAAUCUUAUGA